AUGUCUCGCUUCUCUGGAAAAACUGUGAUCAUCACUGGAUCUUCUAACGGAAUCGGACGAUCUGCCGCUCUCAUCUUUGCUAAAGAUGGUGCCCAAGUCACCAUCACUGGAAGACACGCUGAACGUCUUGAAGAGACUAGACAACAGCUUCUGAAGGCAGGAGUCCCGGCUGGAAAUAUCAAUGUAGUGGUGGCAGAUGUGACUGAAUCUUCAGGACAAGAUCAAAUUAUCAACACCACUCUAAGCAAGUUUGGGAAAAUUGAUAUUUUGGUCAACAACGCCGGUGCAAACUUGGCCGAUGGCACUUCCAACACAGAUCAACCUGUAUCGUUGUACGAAAAAACGUUCAAGGUGAACUUUCAAGCUGUCAUCGAGUUGACACAGAAGACCAAGGAGCAUUUGAUCAAGACAAAGGGAGAGAUUGUAAAUGUUUCCAGUAUUGUAGCAGGGCCACAAGCGCACCCCGGCUAUCCAUACUACGCUUGUGCCAAGGCUGCCCUUGACCAAUACACCCGGUGCACUGCAAUCGACCUCAUCCAGUACGGGGUCCGUGUCAACUCUGUCAGCCCUGGAGUCGUUGCAACUGGAUUCAUGAACGCUAUGGGACUACCUGAUGCCGCAUCCCAGAAACUUUAUGACUUCAUGGGAUCGAAAAAGGAAUGUGUGCCAGUUGGAUACAGUGGACGCCCGGAGGAAAUUGCAAAUGUCAUUGUGUUCUUGGCUGAUAGAAACUUGUCUUCUUACAUCAUUGGGCAGUCGAUUGUAGCUGAUGGUGGAUCCACUCUUGUCAUGGGAAUGCAGGCUCAUGAUUUGAUGGGAAUUCUUAGCCAAUAA